GGAAGCGGCACGGCGUGCGGCAGCGUGACCCCUCCCUGCCCGGAAGUGCGGCGGCGGCGGUAGCAGGAGGAGCGGUGGCGGCAGCGGGGCCGUACAGGAGCCGCGAGGUACCGAGCGAGGGGGAGGGGCGGCAGCGGGUCUUGUCGCGGGCAGCGAUGCGGCUCCGCCACCGCCCGGCCUCGCCGCAUCCGCGUCCCGCAGGGCACCGGUGACAGUCACACCUUUCCCCCCGUCCCGGCAGUAUGAGACCCGCCGCGCCUCCCAGCCAGCGCCGCGCUCCGGAGAAUUACUGAAGUCUGGAUUGCUAUCUUGAUACUAUAAACCUGCAAUAAGUGGCAAUGUCAAGGGUUCCCACCCCACCUCCUCCUGGGGAGAUGUCCAGUGGACCUGUGGCUGAAAGCUGGUGCUACACACAGGUUAAAGUAGUAAAAUUUUCCUACAUGUGGACCAUUAAUAACUUCAGUUUUUGCCGAGAAGAAAUGGGUGAAGUGUUAAAGAGUUCUACCUUUUCAUCAGGGCCAAAUGACAAAAUGAAGUGGUGCCUGAGAGUAAAUCCAAAGGGAUUAGAUGAUGAAAGCAAAGACUACCUGUCAUUAUAUCUGCUUUUAGUCAGUUGUCCUAAAAGUGAAGUCAGAGCAAAAUUCAAAUUUUCCCUGUUGAAUGCUAAAAGAGAAGAAACAAAAGCAAUGGAAAGCCAAAGAGCAUAUCGAUUUGUGCAAGGCAAGGACUGGGGUUUUAAGAAAUUUAUCCGAAGAGACUUUUUACUGGAUGAAGCCAAUGGUCUUCUACCAGAUGACAAGCUUACAUUAUUUUGUGAGGUAAGCGUGGUCCAAGACUCAGUAAAUAUAUCAGGACAGUCUAAUACAAACACUUUGAAGGUACCUGAAUGUCGACUAGCAGAAGAUUUAGGGAAUCUCUGGGAAACAACAAGAUUUACAGAUUGCAGUUUUUAUGUAGGAGGACAAGAAUUCAAAGCUCAUAAAUCUGUCCUUGCAGCACGAUCUCCAGUUUUUAAUGCAAUGUUUGAACAUGAAAUGGAGGAAAGUAAAAAGAAUCGUGUAGAGAUAAAUGAUGUAGAUCCUGAAGUUUUUAAAGAAAUGAUGAGGUUCAUUUACACGGGAAAAGCACCAAACCUUGAAAAAAUGGCUGACAAUUUGUUAGCAGCUGCAGACAAAUAUGCACUGGAACGGCUGAAGGUCAUGUGUGAGGAAGCACUCUGUAGUAACCUCUCGGUAGAAAAUGUUGCUGACAUUCUUAUCCUCGCAGAUUUGCACAGCGCUGAACAGUUAAAAGCACAAGCAAUAGACUUCAUUAACAGGUGCAGUGUUCUUAGACAACUUGGGUGUAAAGAUGGGAAAAACUGGAAUAGCAACCAAGCAACAGACAUAAUGGAAACAGCAGGCUGGAAGUCCAUGAUCCACUCCCACCCUCACUUAGUAGCAGAGGCCUUUCGCGCACUAGCAUCUGCACAGUGUCCACAGUUUGGCAUUCCACGCAAACGGCUAAAACAGUCAUGAAAUCUUCCAUGAACUUUAGAGAAACUGAAUUGACUCUACUCCAUGUCCAGAGGUGUUUUCACAAACCAUAAAAAUUUUUUGUUAUCCUUGUCCACAGAACAGAAGCUGAAAAAGCCUAUUGUUUGCUUUUCAGAUGGAUAAUUUAUGGUUUAAUCCUCAGCUUUAAAUUAGACUGAUUAAUUCACUGAAAGGCCUUAAAUUAUCUUCAAUGACUCUAGUCCAUAUAGUCUAAUGUAUCUUGAUUUUUUUAUUAUUAUUAUUAUUUUUUAAUGUGCCUUGUCUUUUUGACUAGGCUCUGCAGGAUUGCACUAGCGCCAUAAUGCAGUAAAGUUGAUAACUGAAGAUUAAUUUUUGAAAGGGAUCUUCCAUUAUUUUCAGAAGAAAAAAAAAAAGAUUAUAGUUUGGUCCUGUGCUAAACUGGAAGGUUUUAACUAGCCUCUCAUUAAAAGCACUUGAAUCAGAGGCACAUAAUGUACCCUAGGCAAGUGUUGAAUAUGGGGAGAGCCUGUUUACCUUCAGCAAAUGCUUACAGGCUAUUUAUGGCAAUAUACUGCUUUGAACAUAAUUUAUUUUUCAUUGUGGGGGCAAAUAUGCAACGGUUUGGCCCAAAAAUGUAUUUUCAUUACAGUUUGUAAUGCUUACUGUGUGUGUGUCAAAGCUGUCCAAAUGGUAAAAAGAAACACAGAAUAAACCUCUUGCUUGUGUUUCUUUAUGGUCCAUCAUUAGUUUACAUUUAAUGCAGAACAGAACAGAGGUAAAGAUUGUUCAAUGUGAAAACAGAAUAGUAUUGUAUAAGGAAAAAAAAUAUAUCCCAUGUGUAUGGUUACAUAGGAAAGUAAAGGAUGCAUAGAAUGACCAAAUGUAAAUUGAAGAAAUGGGCCAAAUGGAUUCUGAAUAUGCACUUUUAAUGUGUAACUUUUGUAUGUUGUGUGGUACAUAUAUAUUUUGCUUUUGAUGAAUUAAUGAGGUACAGGUAACUGUGGCUUAACUUUUUAGAUACAUUUUAAGAUGCCCACAGCCACAUGGGAUUUAGUUUUGUUAGAAAAGAAAGGCAUGUCUUUUAAGACUCAAUUGAAGGUGGCUAUUGCAAGCUUUCGUAUUUAAGUAACAGAAUAUUUUUGCUUAUUUGAAAAAGGCAUGUGAAUGGCAAAGUUUUGAAGGGUUUUUUCCCAUCUUGACCUAUGUGCAUAGCUUUCAUUAACACCUAAGAAGGUUAUGUACACAUCAAGAGGAAUAUUUCCCUGAAAUGUCAGAUGGAGUUUGCAAGCAAAGACUUGCUCAGUCUUGCAUUUCGGUUAUUGUGCUAGCAUUGUGGAUGGUAUUGAAAUUCUGCAUAAUGUGAAAAGGAUGAAACAUUUAUAAACUGCUUGUCAUGGGCCAGUUCUUUAUGAUGCGAACCUUAGCUUUAAUAUCAACAUCCUCAGUGUUUGAUAGCAUUGUUUACAAUUGGGAGGAAAAGUCUGCAGUAGUGCACACUCUAAAUGUUUCCUGAGUUACUGCAUUGAGUUUACUGUAAUAGUGAUAGUAUGCUAUACCUUUUGGGGAAGACAGUGGGGAAUGGGAGAGAUCUCACCUAAUUUAUGAACAUAUUUGCAUAAGGGGGUUAGGUUGCCUAUUAAAAAAAAGUCACGCAGGGAGGAGAGAGGAAGAAUUUCAGAUUGUUUACUAUCUUAAAAUCUAUCUCCAUCCUCAUUUCAUUAGGAUUCAUCUAAUUGCUCUGAAGGAAAUUUUUAGAGGAAAGAGUAUAUAGUUUUAUACUUUGGCACCUAGGAUAUCACUAGCAAAGGUAAAUUGGAAAAAAUGCUCAGUUCCAUUUUGAACAAUAAAAUAACCUCUAAAGAUGCAUUUUCUUCUUACCUUCUAACUAAAUCUUUAUGAUGGAUAAACUGUAAAAUCAGAAACUUUAAUAGAACGUAAGGCAUCAAAUUAUAUAUUUGCAGAGAUUUAUCCUUUUAUGAAUUUUAAAGUAUUUAUCUAAAAUAAGAUCUCAUAAACAUUCUUCACAGUAAGACAAAACUAAUUGUUCUCUCCAAAAUAGUGAUGUUUUUGCUGCACUGUGUAAUGCGUUAGGACUAUAUAUCCUCAUACUCAUCACUGGUAAAACUUGCAGCUCUAACAUACGAAGUGACUUGAAUAUUUAAUGCUGUAAUGAUUGUCCAGUUCAGCUUACUCAAAAAUAUCAGCGUACAGUAAUCAAAUGGAAAGCUUAAGGACUUUUAUGAAUUUUUUUUUAAUAGAAAGUUAACAGCACACUUUGUACCAAAAAAUGUCAGACACUAUGCUGUAAUAUUACCUACAUUGUAGAGUGUCCACUUUUCAAGUCAGACAAUGUGUAUCAUACAUUACACUAACAGGAAAAAAAAACAAACAACCCACAUGGUGAUUGAUCUGUUUAGAUAUUUUCUUAUGUAUGUUUUGAAGUUUCGUCAGCUCUUGCGAAAAAAGUGAAACAGUUGCUGUAUUAUUAAGUGAGUGCACUAAUUAUUCACCUCUUAUUCUUUAAUUAACUACAUGCAGUGUUCUCACUGGAACAGGGCUGGCUGGUAAUUACAACCUUCUCCUUUGGAGUCAGUAGCUUGUUUUUAUUCCCCACAUCUCAAGAGCUUGCCCUUCAAAACCUCAGUUGUCAGUUCUAAGUGCAGCAGGUAUGAAAAUAUCUAGAUACAAAUGGACAGUUUUUUUCAGGCUGAAAUGUUAAGGGUUUUUCUUAGUUUUAUAUAUGUAUUAGGAAUAUAAUGUAUGAAGGUGCCAUGUUUUGGCUUGCCAACACUACUCCCUCAGAUAGAUGUGAACCAUUGCUUCCAUACUUUUCUGGGGAGAACCCUGCAUGUGUCCUGUGUGUGCGUGCGUGUGUGUGUAUGACUGUGCGGUGUUUUUUGUCAAGAAUGACUUUCUAAAAAUAAGGACUCAAUUUGCUGUUAAAAUGCUAUGAUUUUUUUUUUUUAUUUGAACCUCUCCUAAGGAGACGCUUUGGGUGGGAGAUGCUUCAAUAAAUGAUCCUUAUUUCAGAGUCCAUUUACUGCAUGCAGAAGUAUGAACACAUUGUGCCUUUUUAGGAAACCGUUGUAAUGAAGGGAAUAUUUAACAGGACACAAGAUCUUUUUUAAAAGGUAAUCUUAAAGGUGGAGUAUGCUAUUUGAUAUACAAUUGAGAUGGAAAAGUUAAAAAUUGCCCGUUUAGGCUCUGUUGCAUGUUGAUUCUUUCUACCUAAAUUCAGUUUCACUGAGGUGGAAACUACACAAAAAAGUGGAAUAAGUAUUAUAGAUACAAGUUGAGUAAUGGUAUAUUUUUGUGAAAAUGUGAAAAUAUUUGCUGUUACAAGAUAAGCGUAUGUCAAAAUGUGAUAAUCAUGGACACAAAGUUAGUUUCACAAUUUAGUCUGUUUUUCUAAACAUUGGGUAUAAAAUCCACCUUUGCACAGACGGUCAGUAGAAGACGUACAUGGAGAUUAUGUUCCUUUUAAAUCCUUAUAGUAAGUUUUCUCCCUUGGGAGAAUAAAACGAUGUGCUGUAUUUGAAACUGUGUUUCAUGAAAGACAGUGAAUUGCAAAUAUGAGAUAUUGCUACCUGAAAUACUGUUCAAUUUCAUUGGAUUUUACAGUUGGUUAAAAUUUCUGAGUUUAAGGGAUUUACUUUUUGUAAUUGACAAAUGGAAUGUUAACUGUCUGCUGUCUGGUGUUGAUAGUGCAUUUAGUGCAGAGCUUAGCUCCUUAGCUAGCAAGACACUGACUUAGUCUCAUAACUUGGCUUCUGCUUACAGUAAAUGGACUACAUUUGUAAAGGGAAUUCACUAUUUCAAGUGUUUUGCAAGGAACUUCACUGUAUUUGUAACCUGGUUUUUGAAGGUGUAAGAUCAAUGAGUCUUAUUUUAGAAAUUAAACCAGUGAAAUGACUUAGACCUGUUUUGCGGUGGAAAUGAUUAAAAGCAUUCAGAUAUGUAAACAGUUGUAUCAAACCAUCCAGCCUUUUUUUAUCAGCUGAUGUUAAUGGUGAAAUACUUUUUGUACCUUGUUGCUGAAAAUAUUUUUGCAUUUCAGCACAUCAAGUUACAAUAAAGUUGUUACUUAUACAGAA